AUGGCAGGGGGUCCGCACGAGCGCUGGGGUAACCAGCUUGAAUAUUUAUUGUCAUGUCUUGGUUACGCCGUCGGUAUCGGAAACAUUUGGAGGUUUCCAUAUUUGUGCUAUAGGAACGGAGGUGGUGCAUUCCUGAUCCCGUACUUCCUAACACUCUUGAUAUGCGGAAUACCACUUGUUUAUUUGGAGACAUUCCUGGGACAAUUUGCAAGUGCAGGAUGCAUUUCGGUGUUCAAUAUAAAUCCUUUGUUCAAAGGAGCGGGAUACGCCACAGUUAUUUUGAACGUUGUAGCGUUAAUAUACUUUUCGUCAAUUAUGUCAUACCCGAUGCUCUACAUUUACCAUUCCUUCACCGUGCCGCUGCCUUGGCAAACUUGUGGCAAUUCAUGGAAUACUGAGAAAUGCGCCGAGAUUACAGGAAAUUUCAGCCUGGUAUCAAACGGCUCUAUUACUACGCCCGAGGAUGAAUUCUUUCAUAUAAGACUGUUGCGCAUGUCACCAGACCUAUAUCAUGUUGGUGGUAUGGUUUGGCCUGUAUUCUGGUGCAAUUUAAUCUGCUGGAUCAUUGUCUAUUUCUGCAUCUGUAACGGAGUCAAGAGCGUCGGAAAGAUUGUUUACUUUACGGUCCUGUUUCCAUAUGUAGUACUUUUAGCUUUAUUUAUACGUGGUAUUACUUUACCCGGAGCAUGGCAAGGAAUAAAGUACUACGUUUUACCUGAUUGGAACCAAUUAGCAAAACCAAAGGUUUGGGCUGAUGCUGCCACCCAAUUAUUCUACUCCUUGGGUCCAGGUUGGGGUGGACUAAUCUGUAUGGCCAGUUUCAACAGGUUCAACUACAAUAAUUUGCGCUCUUCAAUUAUAAUACCUUUAGUUAACAGUGGUACAAGUAUUUGGGCUGGUUUCGUUGUGUUCUCUGUACUGGGAUUCGCAGCCGAGCGAGCGGGUGUGCCAGUGGGUCAGGUUGCUAGGGCCGGCCCCGGACUGGCCUAUGUCACUUACCCAGCUGCGGUGACCAUGAUGCCCGCACCUAACUUCUGGGCUAUCACGUUCUUUGUUAUGCUGUUCUUUCUUGGUAUCGAUACGAUGUUCGUCACAAUAGAAUCUGUGAUCGCCGGUCUUGUAGACGAGUUCUCAUAUCUACGUGCUCGUAAAAAGCGGGUCACUUUGGUGACGUGCAUGGUCCUCUUCUGUCUCUCAAUUAUCUGCAACACUGAGGGCGGUCUACACAUCAUAGGGCUUUUGGAUACUCACGUAGCCAUAGUCUGCGUGCCAGUAGUCUGCGGCCUGGAACUUAUAGGGGCUGUUUACACGUAUGGGCCAAAGAAACUGAGCCGGGACAUGCUGUUUAUGACGGGCCAGCCUUUGAAACCGUUCUGGUUCAUCUUGUGGCGGUAUAUCGUACCAGUACUACUUUUCAUUAUAGCUGCUUACUCACUAAGCGAUGCAUCUGGUAUAGAAGGUUGGUUUGUCGCGCUAAUUUCCGUCAUCUGUGUACCGAUACACGCCAUUCUAGUUUUGUGGCAGGCCAAAGGAUCACUGAUGCAGAGAAUACAGGAGAGCUGCAAACCUAACAAAGACUGGGGACCAAUCGAACCUGAAGUCAGGGAACGCUGGAAAGCCUUACAAAAUCAAGAUAACACCCAGGUUACAUCGCUUCACCUUUCAACAAUACCUUUUACAUAA